GAAAUAGCGGGGGGAGUGCCAUGGACUGAGAGAACUUCAAUGAACGCUCCUGGGCAGUAGCUGCUCUCGUCUCAGGAGGUUAACACCUCAGUUGGAAGAUUCGACAGACAGGCAGCAUCGUAGGCUGCUGAAGCUUGAAAGUCACCUGGAGAAAAUGCACCUGGGAAAACCCAGUGUCUGUAGUAUCAGCUCCGAGUGCUCGUCCGGUCAAAAACCAGAGAAUCUUUAGCAGCGUUGAAUGUGUUCCCACCAGCUGCAAUGGCUUCUUUCCAAAGACAAAGUCUGCAAGCAAGGAUUCUUAGUUCAGAAGAAGAGGACAAGCUGCAAAGAGACCGAGCUUUGGUGUCUGAUUUUAAACAGCAAAAACUGGAAAAAGAGGCUCAGAAGAAUUGGGACCUUUUUUACAAAAGAAACAGUACCAAUUUUUUCAAGGACAGACACUGGACCACCAGAGAGUUUGAGGAGCUGAGAUCAUGUAGGGAGUAUGAAGGUCAAAAAUUGGUUUUGUUGGAAGCUGGAUGUGGAGUUGGGAACUGUUUAUUCCCACUAUUAGAAGAAGAUGUGAAUAUCUUUGCCUAUGCCUGUGACUUUUCUCCAAGGGCAGUUGACUAUGUUAAGCAAAAUCCCUUAUAUAAUACAGAGAGAUGCAAAGUGUUCCAGUGUGACCUCACUAAAGAUGACCUUCUUGACCAUAUCCCACCAGAGUCUGUGGAUGCCGUUACACUGAUCUUUGUGCUCUCGGCUGUUCACCCUGAGAAGAUGCACCUUGUCUUACUAAAUGUGUACAAGGUAUUAAAACCAGGCAGAAGUGUCUUGUUCCGUGACUACGGGCUGCAUGAUCAUGCGAUGCUUAGAUUUAAAGCUGGAAGCAAACUUGGAGAAAAUUUUUAUGUCAGACAAGAUGGAACCAGGUCCUAUUUUUUUACUGAUGAGUUCCUGGCGCAGCUCUUUGCAGAUGCAGGUUAUGAGGAAGUGGUGAACGAGUAUGUGUUCCGAGAGACAGUGAAUAGAAAAGAAGGCUUGUGUGUGCCUCGAGUUUUCCUUCAGAGCAAGUUCCGGAAACCACCAAAGGAUCCAGACCCUACCACUGACUCUGCUUCACUUUGAAGAAAGAAGUUUUAAUUUACUUUAUAUACUUUUAUAUUCUGAAUUUUUCAAAUUACAUGCAUAAUUUUUGUAUGAUAAACAAGUGAGGACUGGGGAGUUGGCUCAGCAGGUAAAGUGUUAGCUGUACAUGCCUAACCAAGUGUGAACCCCAGGAAUCUGUGUCUAGGAAAAAAAGGCAGAGUGCUGGAGAGAUGGCUCAGUGGUCAAGAGUGUUGACUGCCUUUUCAGAGGAUCUGGGUUCGAUUUCCAGCACCCACAUGGCAUCUCUAGUCCCAGGGGACCGCUGAAGAUGGAAUGCCCUUUUCUGGCCUCUUCAGGUGGUAUAUAGACAUACAUGCAGGCAAAACACCCAAAUUAAAAAGAAAAAAAUCCAGGUUUGGUAAUUUGAAUCUAUAAUCCCAGUACUCCUACCUCAAGGGAAGCAGAGAUAGAAGAACCAUCUGGAAGCUCCAGGACCAGUCAGCCUGAACAAUGCAGUAUGGCAGAGAAGAGGCAAGAGACCUGGCCUCAGAAAGGUGGAGGGUGAGAACCGACUCCUGAGAAUUGUUUUCUGACCUUCACAUGUGCACAGAUGAGUAAAUGAACAGUGAAUAUUUGCACACAUAGAAAAAUAGAAUUUGCCGGGCGGUGGUGGCUCACGCCUUUAAUCCCAGCACUCGGUAGACAGAGGCAGGCAGAUCUCUGUGAGUUCUAGGCCAGCCUGGGCUACAAGAGCUGUUCCAGGACAGACUCAAAGCUACAGAGAAACCCUGUCUCAAAAAACCAAUAAGUAAAUAAAUAAAUUGAGCCAAGAGUAGUGGUGCACGCUAUUAAUACUAGCUCUCAGAAGACAGAGACAGGUGGAUCUUUAUAAAUUUGAAGCCAGAUUGGUCUACAAAGAGAGUUCCAAGACAGUCAACCAGGAUUAUGGAACCCUGUCUCGAAAAAGAAAAAAAAAAAUUCUUGGGUUGGAACUGACAGUAGCUCAGUUGGUAGAAUGCUCGCCUAGCAUGGAUGAAACUCUGGGUCACAUCCUCAUCACUGAAUUAACCAGGUGUGGUGGCACACCCCCAUAAUCCAAGCACUUGAGGGAUAAAGGCAGAAAGAAGUGUUGAGCUAAGGAGACAGCAAGAGCUUGUUACAAGUGAGGACCAAAUUUAAAUCCCAAGAAUCUGCAUGAAGCUAGGUAUGGUGGCAUGCAUUGUAAUUCUAGCAGUGGGAGAUGGGAAGUGGGGACAAAAUUUCCCAGAAGUCAACUAGCCAGGUGUAUGCAACCACAAACAGCAGAGAUAACCUGGUACAAAGUAGAGGUCCAAUAACAGAGAUUGUACUGUCUCACACAGUUCCCUGACACUCAUGCAUAUAGAUAGACACACACACACACACCAAGCCUGCUGACCCAUUCAAAACCUGGAACCCACAUUGUGAAAGGGGAGACUUGAUUUUCACAGAUUGUUCUCUGACCUCCAUAUUCACACCAUGGCACAUUUGUACCCAUGUGCACACACAAAGUUAAUAAAUAUUUUUAAAAGGU